AUGGGCUUGAGUGUGACGUGGACGAAGUCGGACGAGGAGCUUCUGCUCACGGUCGGGGAGAGGAUCUACACCUCAGAGCCGCGUUACUUCAUCUCUCAUGUUAGGCAUCGGAAGCUGUGGGAGCUGUCCAUCCGCGACGUCCGGGCGGCGGACGCGGGCGCCUACGAGUGCCAGGUGGCGUCGCACCCGCUGGCGGCGCUCUUCUUCCUGCUCAGGGUGGUGGAGGCCCGGGCCGUAGUCCCGGACGGCGCGGCGCUACACUCGCGGGCGGGCGUGCGGCUCCGCAUCCAGUGCCGGGUGGACCUCGCCACCGAGCCCGUCAGCCACUUCUUCUGGUACCACAACGGGACCGCCAUCAAUUUCUCCAAGACGCGCUCGCUCACGGUGGUCACGCACGACUACUGCAGCUACGUCGUCAUCGAGAACGUGACUUGGGCGGAUUCCGGCGUGUACACGUGCGCCCCCCUGAGGGCCAGGCCCGCCAACCUUACGCUCCACGUUCUGCAAGACGAGCAGCGCUCCGCCCUGCACAAAGGCCGCGCCCACGGGGACUCCGCCCGCGCCGUCGCCUCCGUCCUCUCCCCCGCGCCGCCCGCGUGGCUGCUCGUCGCCUGUCUCGUGGGCGCGAGGCCUUCUUGCUGAACGGCUGCCAAACGGCCUUUGGGAUUAGUGUCUUUGGUGCGCGAGCAUAUCUUUAAACAGAAGAGAAUGCAGAGAAAAUAUUUUCUUGUACUAUGAUAUGUAUGGGUGAAGUUUGCUUCAAAUGCCCCGAGAUUAUGCCUUGAAAAAGCAACAACAGAAGCCGAUUUAACCUCGUCCUACCUACCCUUCGAAGUCCUUCCUCGUGUGUGUGUGCUUGUGUUUAGGUGUGUAUGUGCGUACUGGGGCACAGGUGUAUGUGUGCAAUGUUGAUAUAUAGCUAAACGAAUUUAUACCUGUUUAUUCAUUUAUACAUUUUGGAUGUAUGAACAAACACUUCUUUAGGUUUAGCCCCUUUCAGAUAGGGAAAGUAUGUGUUGACCAUUUCAUAUUAUAAUAAUUACUGUGACGAAAUCAUAAUACAGUAAGAGUAUUCAUCGAUGGAAUAUCUAACUACUCUAAUACUGUGUUCGGUUAAGAGCAUACAUUGCCACGAUAUUUCCUUUAUUGUUAUAAUGAUAAUGAUAUAAUGAGAACACCACAUGUGUUCAAAUGAUAUAAUACAGGGAAAAUAAACUAUAAUUCUAUAUAUUUUUACUCGAUAAAACAAUAAGGCUGAUUUCUGUAAAAAGGCAAUAGUAGAGCAUGAAAAAAAUAAUAGCGAAGAGUGGAAAUUUUUAAAAAGAAAAAGUAUGAGCAAGGGAAAAAAUGAGACCAGGAAAAAAAUACUGAUUCGUGACCGUGUGUUUUAUUCGAAAAUUCAUGAGACAAUUUUACAGCAAAAGCGCACUGCAGAGAUAACAAACGGACCUUGUUAACGAAUGAUCUGUGACAUAGGAAUCAAAAUGUAAUAGAGCACAAAAUAUGAAUUAACGGAACAUCGCGAUAUUUAUAGUCAAGGCUUAUUUUGUGAAAAGCUUUGCAUGAAAGUAGAAAAAUGUAAUUGGUUUGUACUGCGGGGCUUUGGACAGAAGGCCCCUCAUAUUAAAAACUCAGAAUUGGU